UUUAAUGCUUCUGUGAAUAAUGGAAGCCAAAAACGCGCCUCCCGCCUACCAAACACAGUAUUUUACAUUUGGUUCCAUUUCCUCAUACUUAUGAAAAAUAAACUAUCUUCCUCCUUCUAUCCGGUGUGGGAAAUAAACAAUAAUAUACAAACAGAAGUGCUCCGUUGAUUUGAAAAACACAAGAAACAAACAAGAAAUUGAUUCUUAUUCCGACCAUAAAGCAACCGAUUUAUUUUCCAUUAAACGCAAUACAGUUUCCGUUUUAUUUGAACUAAGCACGCUUCCAAAAUGUCUGAGAACCUGUUAUGCAUGACCCGUGGCAUAUUUUACGUUAAAAAAGUAUUCGCAUUUAUGACUCCUUUUCACAUUACUUACCUUUACCAUAAAUUUUUUACAUCAUUGUGAAUUACAGAUUUAUCAGAGAAAACUGACAUUAAUUAUUUAGAAUAGUGAAAAAGGUGUUAUUACAUCAUCAAUCAUGUUACCGCACAGUUACUAAAUUAUGACACCAUACUUACAUCACUGGUUGGGUAAUCCGAGUGUACAGUGAACCAUGAUGGCCGGAGGGGGUCUUCUGGAGCAGCAGCCCCCGGACCAGCAGCCGGUGACUUGUACGAUGGUGGCGGUUGACUUCCCAGAAGGUGCCGUGAGCAUACCUCAGAGGUCGAGGAGGGGGGCUGUUUAUCAACAGAAAUCGGCUCUGAUCGUGGCUGAAAAAUGGAAACGGGGAGAAAUCCACCCCUCGGCAUUUGCCAACGUGGUCAUGGACUACCGUGCGGGUGGUCAAGGGGGCAGCCACCCCUCCCACAACUUGGCCAGACUGCACCACGUAGCCAGUAGAGCCAGAAGCAUCUCCUCCAACCAGACCGGAUCCGGACACGGAGGCGCAAAUAUGAGUGGCAACACUGGGGCUGCCAACUGCCUCACGGCUAACAACAGUCUAUUCAUUUUUCAGGAAGACAAUUUUAUCCGCAAAUGGGCCAAGAGAAUCACCGAAUGGGUUCCCUUCGAGUACCUCAUCCUACUCACCAUCAUGGCCAACUGUGUGGUGCUGGCGCUGGAGACCCACUUGCCCAAAGACGACAAGACCCCCCUGGCGAAGAAGCUGGAGAAGACGGAGAGUGUGUUCCUCGCUAUAUUCUGCAUAGAGGCAGUGCUCAAGAUCAUAGCACAGGGACUGUUACUGCAUCCCAGGUCCUACCUCAGGAACGGAUGGAAUAUUCUAGAUUUUGUAGUAGUCGUCACCGGCUUCAUAACAGCCGUUGGUCCCUCCAUGAACUUCACACAGGCUCUCAGGGCUGCCAGGGUGCUGAGACCACUCAAACUGGUGUCGGGAAUACCCAGUUUGCAAGUGGUGUUGAAGUCGAUCAUUCAGGCGAUGGCGCCUCUGCUGCAGAUCGCCCUGCUGCUCGCCUUCGCCAUCGUCAUCUUCGCCAUCAUCGGACUGGAGCUGUUCAACGAGAGCUUCCACCUCACCUGCUUCCACAACCGCACACAGGAGAUUCUGGACCCGGACAGUCCUCACAUCUGUGGCACAGACGACCAGGGCUACCAGUGUCCGUCGGACUAUGUGUGCAAGAAAUACUGGAUUGGACCCAACUUCGGAAUCACCAACUUCGACAACAUCGGAUACGGCAUGCUCACUGUGUUCCAGUGUAUUACGAUGGAGGGCUGGACUGAUGUAAUGUACUGGACGAGUGAUGCGAUCGGGGCCACCUACACCUGGCUCUACUUCGUGCCCCUCAUCAUCCUCGGCUCCUUCUUCAUGCUCAAUCUAGUACUCGGAGUACUCUCCGGUGAGUUUGCGAAGGAGAGGGAGAAGGUGGAGAACAGGAGGGAGUUCCUGAAGAACAAGAGACAGAAGCAGCUGGAGAAAGAACUGGAGGGAUACAUGAACUGGCUCAUCAAAGCCGAGGAAGUGGUGCUAGCAGAAGAACAGAUCUCAGAGGAAGAGAAGAGAGCCAUCAGAGAGCGUAGAAAACAGCUGAUGCUGAAGGGCAAGUUCAAAAUACAAGUGGACGAGGAAGACGAAGACGAAGAAGAGGAGGAGGAAGACGAUGGUGCUACAGACAACCCCUUCACCCGCAACCACCACAAUGCCCCCUCUGGCACUGGGGGGAGGGGGAAGAGCAACUCCCCCGAGUACAAGCGGAAGCAGAAACAGUUGAGACACUUCAUCAAGAAGCUGGUGAAGAGUAAUGCCUUCUACUGGACCAUCAUUGCACUUGUCUUCCUCAAUACUGUGUUUGUCGCUGUGGAACACUACAACCAACCUGAUUGGCUCACCACUUUUCUAAAGUACACAGAGUACAUCUUCCUGGCACUGUUCAUGUUCGAGAUGCUGCUCAAGAUGUAUGGCCUGGGACCCAAACUCUACUUCAAGUCCUCCUUCAACUGCUUCGACUGCGUUGUGAUUCUGGGCAGCAUAGGGGAGGAGAUCUGGAGCCACUACAAGAACGAGUCCUUCGGCAUCUCAGUACUCAGAGCUCUCCGUCUUCUCCGCGUGUUCAAGGUCACCCGCUACUGGUCUUCUCUGCGGAAUCUGGUGCUGUCGCUCAUGAUGAGCAUGAGGAGUAUCAUCUCCCUCCUCUUCCUUCUCUUCCUCUUCAUCAUGAUAUUCGCCCUCCUCGGAAUGCAGCUGUUCGGAGGAUCGUUCAACUUUGACAGUGGCACUCCUGCGAGUAACUUCGACACAUUCCCCAUAGCCCUCAUGACAGUAUUCCAGAUCCUGACAGGGGAGGACUGGAACGUGGUCAUGUAUGAUGGGAUCCGGUCUGCAUGUGACAACAAAGAGAGGGCCUGCAGUGCUGGCAUGCUCUACGCCUUCUACUUCAUCGCCCUAGUCCUCCUCGGGAACUACACUCUACUCAACGUCUUCUUGGCCAUCGCUGUGGAUAACUUGGCAACGGCGCAGCAGAUGACGAAAGAGGAGGAGGAAAGGAAGGAGGAGGAGAGGAAGGCCCUGGAGGCAGCGAACGAGGCAGAGUUGGCCGCCAAUGGGAUAGACAUGCCCAACCACAUGAAACCGGGACAAGGUGCUAACGUUCCUCACUUAGUGACAGAAGAAGAAAACGAAAGUGGACCCAAGCCCAUGCUACCCUACAACGCCUGUUUCAUCUGCACCCCCACAAACCCGAUCAGAAGGGCGUGUCACUGGAUCGCCAAUCUGUAUUACUUCGAAAUGGGCAUCAUGAUUGUCAUUUUACUCAGUUCCCUGGCUCUGGCCGCGGAGGACCCGGUCACCGAUUCCAGUCUUCGAAAUGAGAUCCUAACAUACCUGGAUUACUGCUUCACGACUAUAUUCACUUUUGAGCUGUUUGUGAAGAUCAUAGAUCUAGGGUUCCUGUUCCAUCCAGGGUCCUACUGCAGGGACAUCUGGAAUGUGAUCGACGCUGUGGUGGUGGGCUGCGCCAUUGCUAGUUUUGUCAUCAGUAACACUGGCGACGGAGGGGGAGGGGCGGCGGGCACUGUGAAGAGUCUGCGGGUGCUGAGGGUGUUGAGGCCUCUGAAGACUAUCAACAGGGUACCAAAGCUGAAGUCGGUGUUCGACUGUGUGCUGACGUCAUUGAAGAAUGUGUUCAACAUCCUGGUGGUGUAUUUGCUGUUCCACUUCAUCUUCUCUGUCAUUGCAGUCCAACUGUUCAAGGGCAAGUUCUUCUACUGCACAGACCUGUCGAAGAGAACAGAACUGCAGUGCAAGGGCAAGUACUUGGUGUAUGACACGAACACGGGGGAAGUGGUGGAGGAGGCGAGGGUGUGGAAGAAGUACCAGUUCAACUACGACAACGUCCUCGAGGCCUUCCUCACCCUCUUCACUGUCACCACCGGAGAAGGAUGGCCAGACAUCCUGCAUAAUUCGAUGGACUCUACAUUCGAGGACGAGGGUCCCAUCCCCUGGUUCCGCAUGGAGAUGGCCAUCUUCUACGUCGUCUUCUUCAUCGUCUUCCCCUUCUUCUUCGUCAACAUCUUCGUGGCCUUGAUCAUCAUCACCUUCCAGGAACAAGGCGAGCAGGAGUUGGGGGACGGGGAGAUCGACAAGAACCAGAAAUCAUGCAUUGAGUUCUGCAUCAAUGCGAAGCCACUGGAGAGGUACAUGCCAUCGGACAAGAACAGUUUCAGCUACAAAGUGUGGAAGGUGGUCAUGUCCAGUGUGUUCGAGUACAUGAUCAUGACCCUCAUUGUGCUCAACACUCUGGUGCUCAUGAUGAAGUUCAAUGACAUGCCGCCCACUUACGAGAACAUUCUGAGAUACCUCAACAUGGCAUUCACGUUUCUGUUCACAAUUGAAGCUAUUAUGAAGAUCAUCGCUCUCGGGAGGAACUACUUCCGCGACUACUGGAACCUGUUUGAUUUCAUCACAGUAGUCGGAAGCAUAGCUGACGUGCUCUUCACAGAAAUACAGAACAAUCUGGGGGAGACCACGGUUGUGCAGCAAUUAGCCAAACUAUCUACGGCGCCCAUGAUGCUAACCCACAAUGAUGGACUAGUUGCGGCAGUAAUGGCCACCACUCCUGACGCCUCCCUCGCCCCAGGCGUAGCAGGUGGGGGCGGUAACUUGCCAUCAGUAUCAGCCUUCUCGGGUGGGGGCGGAGGGGGCCACGGGGCCGCCCACCAACUCAAGGGUAUCCCCAACCUAGCGGUGCUCCGAUUGUUCCGAGCGGCAAGGCUCAUCAAACUACUUCGUCAGGGAUAUACAAUUCGUAUUCUGUUGUGGACGUUUGUCCAGAGUUUCAAGGCGCUGCCGUAUGUGUGUCUUCUAAUUGUGAUGCUGUUCUUCAUCUACGCCAUCAUCGGCAUGCAGCUCUUCGGCAACAUCGCCCUGGACUCCGCCUCCCAGAUCACCAGGAACAACAACUUCCGCAACUUCGGGGCCGCCUGGCUAGUUCUAUUCCGUUGCUCCACGGGUGAAUCGUGGCAACUAAUCAUGCUAAGUUGUGCAUAUCCACAAGUGUGCGAUCCCGCCUCCUCCAAGGCGCAUUUCGCACACACCCCCUCCGCCGCCUUCUCCUCUGCCUCCUCUUCAUCAUCGAAUCAUCAGGUGUCGCAGAACUCCGCGAGCGACAUGCGGACUCUGGAUCCGGGCGACCCAGUCGUGGAGUGCGGCUCGUUCGCCGCCAUCGCCUACUUCACUUCUUUCGUAUUCUUGUCCUCUUUUUUGAUGUUGAAUUUGUUCGUGGCCGUUAUCAUGGAUAACUUCGACUACUUGACCAGGGAUAAGAGUAUUCUGGGGGCGCAUCACUUGGACGAAUUCCUGCGAGUGUGGGGGGACUACGACCCUUGUGGAUGUGGCUACAUAACCUACUCAGACAUGUAUGAGAUGCUGCGCACCCUCUCUCCCCCAGUCGGCUUCGGCAGGAAGUGUCCUUACAAACUGGCCUAUCAGAGGCUGAUUAAGAUGAACAUGCCUCUCGACUCAGAGAACAGAGUCCACUUCACCACUACUCUCUUCGCACUCAUUCGCACUUCGCUCAGAAUAAAGCUGCCUUAUGCGGACGAGAUGAACCAGGCGAAUGAGGAGCUGCGUGGCAUCAUCAAGAACAUGUGGCCCAGUCUGUCCCCCAAAAUGAUAGACCUCCUCGUGCCCCCCAACUCGGAGCUGGUCUACCCCAACCUCAGCACUGGGAAGAUAUAUGCUGGGCUGCUACUGCACGAGAUAUACAAGGAGAACAAGGCCAAGUUGGAAAAGGCGCAAGAACAUCACAAAGAGAGACGUCCCUCGAUGUUCAAGCGGAUUCUGGGAGAGGUGAAAUCUUUUGCCCUGGGAUCCAAGUCAGACGUCAACUCGGACAUAGGGUCUGCAAAACCCUCUCCUGUGAACAGUCCGAACUCAUCGCGAAGGAGCUCUUUCAGGUUCCCAUUCAAAACUCCCUGGCAGCAAAGUCCAAACAAGAAAGGAGCGUCUGUAGAUUCAAAGAGAUCAAGCAUAGUCGAGGAGCUUGAUUCGAUGGAGCCUGCUCCCCCUCCUGGCAGACGCAUACCCAUGACAUCCCAUGGUCAUGGACCUCCGCCACCCGCCAGGACCCAUCUGGGACCCCCGCCUACUUCCGGAAUGGGAAUGGGGUACCUGUCGCCAGCAAGAGAUCCCCAGUCGCUCGGUCUGCCGAAUGGACCAGGGAGUAACGGAGUUGGCGGGGCGAGUAACUUAACGGUGCCUGAGAUCAGAUAUGGGCCGACUAAUUCGCUUUACCAAGUCCAAGAAGAGUGUGAAACACCACUGACCCCUCCGCCCUAUGGAUUCGCAAUUAGUGGGGAUAGAAGGGGGGACCCCUACAUUAGCAAACAGUACAAACCCCUCACUCCGGGGGGCAUAGGGAUGGUCGGAGGAGUUGGGAUGCCUGCUUUCGCACCCCCUAACUCAGUAUCUGCUGCCUUAAGAGCCCCACCUGUCUCCUACUUCCCGCCUUCGGUGGUGCCCCCUCCUAUCAUUCCGAACCGUCCGGCAAUCAGACGGCACCUGCCUCCUUUUCCUAGAAAUAAAUCGAUAGUCCACAAGUACAAACAUGUUCAGAACCCAAGUGAGUCAUACUUCCCACAUCGAUACCUCCCAGCAACUCCGCAAGAUCAGGAACCCUUUCGACGUCACCACGGGGGUCCAAGACUCCCAAGACCUCCCAGUUGUAUCCCGAAGUACGGACCAAUAAGCGAUCACCAUGCUCAAAACAAUCAAUCAUCCAAUGCCUUAUUUCGAAACCAGAGCUUAGAUUCCGGCUACGAGCCAUCCCGGAGACAAUCACAGCAGAUCACCCGCUGGACACCUAGGAGACUCCCGGUUCGACCAAGCAGCAAACAAAACUACAAUCCAGAAGCUCCUUGGGAAAGUAGCGUCGAGGAUGAUUGGACAACGAUACAGAACGACAGUAUCGAUAGCUGCGACAACAAUCAAAGAAAUUAUUGCAGUGAUUACGAGAAUUACCAACGUUGGCAAAGCGACAACGAACAGCUUUUAUCAAAAUCGCGAAACGGCAGAAUGAAAAAGAAACACAUAACUUCAAACAAACUGUCGCCAAACGCAGCCAGCACUUCAAAUCAACCUCCGUCAAAUCAUCACACGACAAAUGGCGGUACAGAAGACCAAAGUCGCCAAGCUAGUUUUGAAAGUCAAUCUUCAGGAAUCUAUGACGUCAGUCGACAAUCCAGCCAAGACAGCCAGCAUUCACCUGGACAGAGAACCCAAAAAUUAUACAGUGAGAACUACUUAAGACCAAGUGACAUUCCGAACCUCAUGCUAGACAAGCAAUCAUCGCAAUCGAAGAGAUUAACGAAACCUGUGAGGCAAAAACGAAUUGAUAUGUCACCGACAAACGCAAAGCUUCUGGCGUCGGCCUCAACAGUACCGCAGAUAACCGAGACACCGGGCUCAGGUCCUUCGGGAUCCAAAGACGCGUCUUCUACUUUCUCACUGCCUCCGUAUGCUUUAGGAGGUCUAGGGAGGUCGUUGUCGAGCGAGGCGUCUUCAACUAAAAGUGAAGGUGUUAACAGACAUCCGAACAUGCCUUAUUACAGUGGGGCGAGCAGUCGGCAUAACUACCAUUCCAGAAACAUUACCAUGUCACCCCACGACUCCCCGAACAGUUCUGGGAAACUUCAUGUCGGGUAUAACCACGUGACAAGUCGAACCCCCAAUCCGAGUAUAGGUAUCCCGAGUCAUUUUACGACGUGUAAUACAAAAUUCCCGACGCUAGGAAUCGUGAACCAGUCUGGAAGCCAGACGAAACUUUUGAUCGCGAAGAGCAACAUACCGUCGGCAGCUAUUAGUGACGACCCGGCUACCCGAAACACGACUUCAUCUUUCUUGGGAGUGAAAUCCCAAAACGAAGAAUGGUGCUAACAAAUCCGAACUUCAUUAAUCAUACAUACGAAGCAUAACGACCUUGUUUAUAUAUUCCAAAAUAGAAUAAUGCGGCUCUCCAUUUGUCUCCGAAAAUCAUUCUCGUCACUUUAAAUGCUAAGUAUAGUCUAUGGUUUGACGCACCUGAUAAUGGACAGCUUUCAAUUACCUUAUAACUAUAAGCAAACCUCUCCAUAUUUAAUAAUUUACCAACAUUGAUUUUGCAGUAAUUUUUGCAUAAUUUUCGUUAUUUUGCGAACUAUCUUUAGUGAGAAUUUUCCCUCCCGCAAUGAUAUCAUAUCGCUUAUAGCAAGAUUAUCACAUCAUUUGUUCAUUUUAAAAUUAUGAAUGAGAAUUUUCAAUUCAGCAGCAAAAUCCGACUGCGUUUGUCCUCUCUUUUAAGAGAAGAACUCAGAUUCGGACUAAAUUGAGUCAAAUAUUGUAAAUUGAAUCAAAAAAUCUGCAAUUUUGAUACUGUGAUAUCUAUUCAGUUUGAACCUUGUUUUCAAUA